CGGAGUAAUUAGAAGUCCCAAUUUUGGAGUAAAUUAUCUUUUCCGGACAGUUCAUCCGGGCCUUAUUUCAAUUUCGUUGGAGAAUCGACGACGGAUGGUUUUGCCAAUCUUUCCGUAUCUGCGAAAUUGUGGAAAUUUAUUGACCUCGCUUACAGAUAAAUUAAUAAAAAGACGUCUCAAUUCAGCAGAAAUAUCUAGUUGAAUCGAGAUGAAAGAUAGGACUGAGAUUACAUAGCGCGAACGUGCGCCGCAAGUAGUGACGUAGGAAUUGACGCAAGCGACAAUUGUCGGCUAUUAAAACCUGUUGUAGACGUCGACAGAUCCGUCCUUAUCCCCUCUGCAUUGAAUAGUCCACGAAAACUGCCGAGUACGUGUUUCAGCUCAAUUUGUCCCCUGAUUGCCCAACGGUUGAACGAUCUUGGCAUUACGUGGAGAAAUUUUAGCAAUACGAUAUUUCAAUCGCAUGCUAUUCGCUCUCUCAUUCAUUUCCGGCCUAGUCGUUGAUGACGUUGAUUCGUCAUCAAUACUCAGCGAACAGACGGACUGCGAAGUUCUCUCGACCGAGUGCAGUUCUCAAAAUUCAUCAUCACAGACACCACUGGACAGUCCUGGGGGCCCACGUGAGAGGAUCAAACAGAUUCAAGUUGAAGCUGAAACACGUCGCGAUGAAUUUGCACGACUCCUCGAGGAACAUGCACAGGUUGUGAGGAAAUUGAAAAUAAUGGAGGCUGAAGAGCAGCUGUCAUCGACCAGUGGAAACGUCGUGCAUCCAACUCACGCGUGAUUAUUCACUCAUUGAAACCAAAAAGCAAAACCAAUUAAUGGAAUUCAGAUUAAUGGGACCAGAUUUUUGGUCCUCAAGUAUUAAGAAACCAUAAUUUUCAAUGAUGUUAAGGACUGAUGUUCACUGGUUGUUCUUAUUUUUUAAUUCCAAACGUUUGUUUUGAAAGCUGAUUUUUUUAGAUGCAAUGACCCCGAUUUAUCGUAUAUCCAAGUGGAAUUGUUCUGUGGAAUCUUUUCAUAAAAUAAAUUGACAGAUAAUCCCUGAGUUGACGUGGAAAUUCAAGAGAAUUUCUGAGGAAAAGCGCUAGUUUUCUCGGUUAAUUGUUUGAAGAGUCAUUCAAAUGCUUUAUUACAAUAAAAGAUGCAAUAAAAUGGAAGCUGUAAAAGUUGGUACCAUAAACUCUUCCGCUUGGAUAUCAUCCGCGUAAAAAAAAGAAAGAGAAUCGUAAAGGUAUGGUAAAAAUAAAUAUCAUCAAAGUCUGACAAUUUCCUCCUGACAUGUG